UUCCAGAAAGUGUUUCUUUAAAAUCUACGCGUUUUUUCGAAUCUCGGUUGAAAAUGGAAACCAUAGCGGAGCAGAGUGCAGUUUUUCCGCAAUUGAACGUCGACGAGGAACCGGAACUGGGCGCCACGGAAAUAGAAUCGAUGUGCAUGAACUGUCAAGAGAAUGGCAUCACCCGAUUGCUGUUGACUCAAAUCCCGUUCUACAAAGAGGUCGUCAUCAUGUCGUUCUCCUGCGAGCACUGCGGCUACGAGAACAACGAAAUACAGCCGGGCGGUGAAAUCGCGCCGAAGGGAAUCAAAAUUUGCUCACAAAUCGAAACGGCACGCGACCUGAACCGGCGCGUGAUAAAGUCCGACUUUUCCUCCGUACGGAUAGAGCAGUUGGAUUUCGAAAUCCCGGCCCAAUCGCAGAAAGGGGAGGUGACGACCGUCGAGGGCAUUAUCGAUCGGGUGGUGCGCGGUUUGGAACAGGAUCAACCGGUGCGCCGGAUACAGCACCCGGAAGCGGCAGGGCAGAUCGACGAGUUCAUCGCAAACCUGCAAUCACUCAAGAAUCUACGGAAACCGUUCACGCUGACGAUAUCAGACAUUUCGGGUAACAGUUUUGUGGAAAAUCCAAAGGCACCGCAAUCCGAUCCGGCCACAACUAUCACGCAUUUCCAGCGGACGAAAGAGGAAAACCAUCUGUUGGGUAUUUUUUCGCACGACGAGGUGGACGAUAAACCGCAAGAUGCGGCCAACGGUGCGAAACUCGAGACAGUACCGGAGGAAGUUGACAAACUGUUGAAACCCAUUGUGGACGGUGCUUGGCCGCUGGAGGAACUGCACGGUGAGGUAUUGCAGUUUCAAACGCAGUGUCCCGAGUGUGCCGCAGAGUGCGACACCAAUAUGAAGUUGACGACGAUACCACACUUCAAGGAGGUUGUAAUCAUGGCCACCGUCUGCGAGAACUGUGGGUCACGCACGAACGAGGUGAAACCGGGCGGCGGCAUCGAGGAGCAGGGCGUUAAGAUAGAGGUGACCGUUCGAGGAAGAAUCGAUUUUGCCCGAGAUGUGCUAAAGUCUGAAUCCUGCGAGCUGCACAUUCGCGAACUGGAAUGCGAAGUGGGGGCUGGCGCUCUCGGAGGACGGUUUACCACGGUCGAAGGAUUGCUGGUGGCAAUGCGGGAGCAACUGCUGGAGAGCACGGGCAUGUUUAUGGACUCCAACGAUGCCGAAACUAGGGACCGUAUGGAUAGGUUUUUCGGCCAGCUGGAUGCUGCCAUUGCCGGUGAAAAGCAGUUGACGAUCGUAUUGGACGAUCCCACCGGAAACCAAUUCUAG